AUGGUCUUAUUUGAUGUCAGCUCACUGUUCACAUCAGUGGACCUUCACUCCGCAAAGACAACAGUCGCUGAACUACUGGACAGUCAUGGACCUCCCAGUGGAUCUCUAAGGAAGGAAGACAUAUGUGAAUUGCUCAGCCUCUGUUUGACCACGUACUUCGAAUUCAACGGUCUCUUAGCAAUAAACGCCCAAAUCGACGUUGAAGGUUGCAGCAGCGCCUAUUGUGCAGGUUUCCACAAUCACACUAGUUCUAUAUCAGCGGACACCAAUCGACACCAGAUCAAGCGCUUGGAUUAUGAAGACUAUCCUUCUUUCUAA